AUGUCCGGAACUAUGCACACCCAGGACCGUGGCCCGGGGCAAACGGGUCUUGCUCCAACACCCGGCUCGGCCUCGAGCCGUAGUCCGAGCCCCAUCGCCAAAGCCAAGCCUUUUUUUCGAUCAGUACCUUUCCAAAUUGUCGUCGCUUGUGGCGUAUCCUUCACAGCCCCUGGUAUGUGGGAUGCCCUGGGCGGGCUCGGUGCCGGUGGUGCUGCUGAGCCCUAUGCUGUCAGCGCAGCCAAUGCUCUUGGCGCCGUCAACAACCGUAUCGGCCUUCCGUAUGGGCUUGCUUUGGGUGCCAUAGGUUACCCGCUCUACGGUGCCGGCUUGUAUACGAAUAACGUCAGUGCCAACACUUGGUUUAUGUUAUUCGGCAGCGCCCUCUGCGGCAUCUCUGCCGGAUUUUUUUGGGCAGCCGAGGCCGCAAUCAUCAUCGGUUAUCCGUCUCCCGGAGAUCGAGCAUUCUAUCUCGCUGUCUGGCAAACGGCCAAGGCUGCAGGACCCAUUGUGGGUGGUGCCAUUAACCUGGGCCUCAAUGCAAACCGGAAGACAACAGGGUCCGUCUCGUCAUCGACUUACAUCGUUUUCAUUGUCAUUAUGUGCCUUGGCCUUCCCAUUGCGCUGUGUUUAUCACCUGCUCAUAAGGUCUGGCGCAAAGAUGGAACCGUUAUCAGCACACCGAGGGCUCCGACAUGGGGAGCGGAGUUCAAGGCUGUUGAGAAGCUCUUUGCCAGCCGUAGAAUCUUGCUACUACUCCCAGCCUUCUUCAUAAGUUACUUCUACAACGGAUUCAUCAGCACGUGGCUCGCGACAUACUUCACCGUGCGCUCGAGGGCGUUUUCGAGUUUCUUUACCAACUUUGCGGGCAUCUUCAGCUCCUUCAUGAUCGCUACGCUGCUGGACAACCAAAAGAUCCAUAUCAAGAGGCGCGGCUGCAUUGCAUUUGUUUCCAUCAUUUUCGUACUUGUGGGCACAUGGAUCUGGGCUACUGUGCUACAGAAACAGAUCUAUGACGCUAGUGAACCGCCUGCUUAUGACUGGUUCCAGGGAGGAUUCGGAAAGAGCUAUGCUCUCGUUUUCUUCUGGCAGUUUGGUGGACAGGCCUUCCAACAAUUUCUAUACUGGCUUGUCGGCCAGUACGCGACAGAUCUUUCGGACUUGAGUCGUCACACUGGUAUUCUGAGAGGCACUGAGGCUUUGGGUCAAACUGUUGCCUGGGCUAUGCAAUCCGAAGGCAACGCCAACCACUUCGUUAGUAUUGGCCUCAACUUUGGUAUAACCGUUCUCUGCGUCUUUCCCACUUGGUUGGUGUUGUCUGCACUCGAAGGAAGCCAUGAGGAGAACAUAGCCAGCGCCGAACGUAAUUUAGGCGAUGCUGAAGAGGAGGAAAUUGGGUCAAAGGCAGCGACCUAUGCACUCGGGGGCUGGCGAAAUGGAUUCAACUCCUGGCUGCUAUUAGGUUUGGACUGCCCAUACUUUCUACGAAAUACCCAAAUACCAGACUACUUUCUUUCAGAUGUGGUUGUCUCCGAAGAUGCGAUGAGAGGCACUGCAUAUUCAUCAGCGACGUCGGUAAAACGUAGCGGAGUCAACACUAGCCAGAUGACUCGGAAUGCCAUGGAAGCCAUCGUCGUUGGACGUGCUGCCUCCCGAACGGCGGACGGACGUGGCAUAGGGCCAUCAUGCACACAAAUAAGGGUAGACUAA